GGAAUCCAAGCUCCCCGCAGGUGAUGCGGGCCUCGAUUCUAUCCCAUCCAGUACCACAGACAGCGCUCCAACGCCGGCUGUAGCAUAUCUCCACUCUGCCUUCGUUCUCAGUCAUUCCGUCAACUAAUCUAACUGCUCCUUCAUUGGAGCACUGCUGUCCUGCAACUGCACACGCAAUCGACAGUAAUACACUCGCGAUAACUACGCGCACACCAGGCAUUAUCAAUCAAAACUCCACUUCCAGCGACAAGCAUAGAGUGAAGGCUACCACUGAAAGCCACAGAAUAAAUACUCGUUGCGCAAUGGCAUCGAGCAUGCGCAGUAUAAUUUUACAAAACAUUAAUGUUCGAGGUCGGAGGUCGCCACGUGGGCGGAAUGGGGAAGAUGAAGCGGUGUUCUCGUGGUAGAAAAGCGAGGUGCAGACCCACGGGGCUCUCUUCACUCCUGGAGACAGAGAAAGGAGUGGGGGAGAGCAUACCUAAAGUGACCAUACCUCUUCUGGAAAAGCUCUCAUCUACGGAGGUGGCAGAGAGGGAGUGGGCCUGCCGCUCCGUUGCACACCUGCUGUGCGAGACAGACGCCCAGCAGACACUGCUUAAUCACCAGGGACUUCCCCGCUCGUUGACAGCUCUGUUACUGGACCCUGAGUGGAGUGUGAGAGAGGCAGCUGCUGGGGCCCUCAGGAACCUGAGUUCAGUGGGAGGAGACAGUGUGUGUCAGACUCUCGUCAGAGAUGAUGUAAUGACUGCUCUUUCAGCUCUUCUUAGACAGUGUAUGUCUCAGGUGCAGAGGUACCCAGUGGCUGCAGUGAAAGUGCCCGAUUCUCUCCCUACCCCACCCUCCCCUGUUCCUCCUCCCCACUCUCAACCCCACUCCCCACACUCCCUCCCCCUCCCCCUCCCCACACUCCCAAUAGGACAGGGAAAGGGGAAAGGGAAGGCCAGAAACAACGUAACUCUUCACCAUGUUUUGGCCACCAUUGAGCAAAGCUUGCACCUUCUCCUCAACAUCGGUGAGGGUUGUAGUGCAGUAGUGGGUCUGGCAAAUCGUGAGGAGUUGGUGCCUGUUCUGCUCUACUUCCUCCAGCCAUCUGUCUUCUUCCCUGACAUCCUCACAACUGCAGCCAUGUGUCUGUAUACGGUGACAGAGGACAACCCUCCCUCCCACCACCUCCUCACCUCCACACCCUCACACCUGGCACACCUGGAGACCCUCCUAGCCCCGCCCCCUCCCCUGACCGACCUCCUGGAUCAGAGGCACUGGAUUAUCCUCUCCACUCUAUCUGCCGGAGUGUUUCAGCACCUCCUCCCCUCCCUCCCCACCCCUCCCCCCUCACCCCUCAUCUCCUCAGUCUUCUCCGUCCUGACGUCUGUGCUGGACACUGACGUCUCCUCACUCCUCACCACUCUCACAUCCACACCUCCUCACACACCCCCACAGGGUGAGUGUGAAGUUGAACACUCAGUUGAGGGUUGUCUGGACUCUGUGUUGAGCGAGGCUGAGAGUGUUCUGACUGCACAACUACUGGCACUGGAGAUCACUGCCAACCUCUGCUACACCGAGAGUGAUGAGGGAGAGUGGGAGGAUGUGGAGGAGGAGGAGGUGAUUGGUGGAGAUCUCCCAGAGACAGACGAAGGGCCAAUGGAACUGGAGGCCCACCAUCAGGCUCCAGAGUGGCUGAGUGGUGUGCUGGUGGAGACAGGGAUGGUGGGCAGAGUGUGGAGGAAAUGUGUGUCCCCUCUCGUGUCCCCUCUCCCUCCUCGCUCUCUCCUCCAUCACUGCCAGACUCACGUGGCAUACAAGUAUGUGGUAGCAAAAACCAUGUUACACAUGUGGAGGGAAGUACAGAUGAGAGGCAUGGCAGCUCUCCAGAACAUGUUGUCAGCUCUGCCUCCUAGUGCCACGCCCCCAGACUCUACCCUGGCCAUGUGGAGAGGUGUCCUGGAGAUGGUGGGGUCUUCUGGGGGUGUGGCCAUGUGUGAGGAGGUGACAGGGUUGUUGGCGGUGCUGGUGGAGAAGAUGGGAGAACAAAACAUGCAGUGUGUCAGUGUCGACCAACUGGAGGUGUUAUCAGCAGCCAGUCGAGAGAGGCUGGCUACCAACCAGUACCAGCAGGUGGUUGAUAUCAUUCUCACCAUGAGAUGUGUUGGUAAACACUCCCUCCACUUCCCUACAUCCAUCAAGACUCCCAUACUGGAGGUGGUGGGUAGGACUCUGAGAGAGUGUAUGUCUGGUGGAGGGUCAGUGUGGGUGGUGGCCAGAGCUCUGGACACUCUCUACGACGUCUUCGGCGCCGAUGAGUGUCCGCCUCACCUCUUCUCUGAUCUCCAAAUAAUGCCCAUCCUCAAAACUAUCGCUGCACAAUUGCCCAAAAGAGGGUCUGGUGUAAGCAGAACGGAGCUGGGCACUGCAGUGUAUGGAGAGGUGGUGUGUGCCAGAGACAAUCUCCUGCCCUUCAUCGACUACAUGACCACCAGAACUUGUCCCAAUCUCUAGUCCAGUUCUGACUUGUUAGCAAAAUUUUCUAAUCUGUGUCUGUGGAAUGAUGAGUGUGGAUAUCUGUGAAUGCUUUUGCACACUCCGCUGGAUACAACUGGCCCCUUUUCCUGCAACUUUGAAUUUGAGUGGGCAUAAGGCUCCAUUUCUUCUGGUACACUAUAAUAUCCAAGAAACUGUCCAUUGCCAUACGAUUUGUGCAGCCGUUAUGCUUACAGCAAAUCUUACAAAGAAUUUUCAUACAAAAAUUGUCAUUUCUCAUUUGAGAACAGGGAUCGAGUCUCAGGCGUUUGUCUUGCUCAGCUUGCUGGCGGAGGCAGUAUCCAAGAACCAGAUGAGCUCUCCUGUGUGAGGGAACACUCGGGCAAUUGGCAGGGCCGGCUCCUCUGAGCCAGGGUCCGGCUCCAGACACUUCUUGAUGACGUCAGCCUUGCUGGACCCUGUGCCUAUCACCACAACACACCUAGCAUUGUUGAGCACGGGGUAGGUGAGUGUGAUCCUGUUUGGUGGUGGCUUGGGGCUGUCGGUGAUGGGAAUGACCAAUCUCUUCAUUUCCUCCAGUCCGGGAUGGCCGGGGAAGAGAGAGCACGUGUGUCCGUCAGGACCCAUCCCCAGGAUGAGAAAGUCGAACUUCGGAACCUGGCUCUUGUCCGGGAACACUUUCCUCAGCUUGGCAACGUAGUCUUCCGCGGCCGCGCUCACGUCCACGGACGGGUCGAUGGGGUAGACGUUGCUGGAAGGGACGCCCACGUGGUCGAGGAGCUCACGCUGGACGUAGGCGAUGUUGGAGUCGGGAUCUGAGAGCUGGACGUGGCGCUCGUCGCAGGUGAACACGUGCCACUUGCCCCACUCUACGUCCUUGCGGCUGCGGAGCCCCGAGCACACCAUCUUAGCAGCGCUGCCGCCAGAGAAACCGAUCGUGAACUGCCCGCGACUCGCCGCGGCCUCCUUGGCCCGAGCGGCGAUUGUGUCGCACACCUUCUGUCGCAUCUCAUCUUCGCCUCCUCCAACGAUGUUCACUGCAGUGUUGUCCAUCUCGAACGAGAGAUAUUCGACGACUUGGAACCGUUGAAGAAUGGCCCUGAUGGAAGAUCAGCUGAGCGUGCUGAGC